AUGAAGUUUGGAGAGCAGCUGCGGUCCAGCGUCAUCCGCGAGUACCAGUGGUCCUACAUCGACUACGAUGUCUUGAAACACGACCUCAAGAACGCCACGGGCCCGGCCCUGACCGACAACCCGGGCCGCAACGAGUGGACCGAGACCGACGAGACGCGCUUCGUCACCAAGCUCGAGGCCGAGCUCGACAAGGUCCACGCCAAGCAAAAGAUCAAGGCUCUCGAGAUCUCCCGCCGCAUCGCCAUCAGCGAGCGUGAGGUCCGCGAGGUCGUCAACCGCCUCAACGAGCGCGGGCUGAACGAGGUCGGCCCUAGCGAGGAGGAGUUCAUGCUCCUCGAGGAGGACCUGAGCGACAUCAUCGCCGAGGUUCACGAUCUGGCCAAGUAUGUCCAGCUCAACUAUACUGGAUUCUACAAGAUUAUCAAGAAGCACGACAAACGCACCGGAUGGUACCUCCGACCCGUUUUCGAGGCCCGGCUCAAGGCCAAGCCGUUCUACAAGGAAAACUACGACGCGUCCGUGGUUCAGCUAUCCAAGCUGUACGACCUGGUCCGCACGCGAGGCAAUCCUGCAAAGGGCGACAGCGCGGCCGGCGGCUCCCAGGCCAACUUUAUCCGCCAGACGACCAAGUACUGGGUGCACCCGGAUAACGUGACAGAGCUCAAGCUCAUCAUCCUCAAGCACCUGCCAGUGCUCGUCUUCAACGCCAACAAGGAGUUCGAGGCCAAGGACUCGGCCAUCACGUCCAUCUACUAUGACAACACGGAUAACUGGGACCUGUACGAGGGCCGGCUGAAGAAGACGGAGGGCGCUGAGGCCAUCCGCCUCCGCUGGUACGGCGGCAUGGAGACCGAGACCAUCUUCGUGGAGCGCAAGACGCACCGGGAGGACUGGACCGGCGAGAAGUCGGUCAAGGCGCGCUUCAGCAUGAAGGAGAAGAAUGUCAACUCGUACCUGAGGGGCGAGCUGCUCCCGCCGGCCAUCUUCGAGAAGGCGCGCAAGGAGGGCAAGAAGUCGGAAAAGGCCAUUGCCGAGGACGAGAGGCUCGCGCGCGAGAUCCAGUACUCGGUGCUCAAGAAGGGCUACCAGCCGGUCUGCCGGUCCUUCUACCACCGCACAGCCUUCCAGCUCCCGGCCGACGCGCGCGUGCGCAUCUCGCUCGACACGGAGCUGACCAUGGUGCGCGAGGACAACCUGGACGGCCGCAGCCGCAGCGGCGACAACUGGCGUCGCACCGACAUCGGCAUCGACUACCCCUUCUCGCAGCUGCCAGCCGAGGACGUGGUACGCUUCCCCUACGCCGUCCUCGAGGUCAAGCUGCAGACGCAGGCGCAUCAGGAGCCGCCCGAGUGGGUGCGCCAGCUCAUCUCGUCGCACCUGGUCGAGGCCGUGCCCAAGUUCUCCAAGUUCAUCCACGGCACGGCCACGCUGUUCCCCGACCGCAUCGACCUCCUCCCCUACUGGAUGCCCCAGAUGGAUAUCGACAUCCGCAAGCCCGUCAGCCACGACUUUGGCAUCCACCGCUCCGCCACCUCGGGCAACAACUCCACUUCGGACGACUACGACGACGACGAUGAUGACUCGGACGACGAGGACCUCGUGGUCGCCAGCCGCCAGCAGGCCGGCCCGGCCCGGCUCUCCGCCGCCACCGCCGCCACCGCCUCCUCCUCCUCCUCCUCCAAGCAGCAGCAGCCCACCCACAACGGCCGCCACCACGGCAACAACGCCGACGUCGAGGACCAGACGACGACCGACCUCCCCGGCGUGGACGAGUCGUACCCCAUCUACGACUCGGACGAAGAGUUCGACGAGAACUACGAGCUCGAGCACGCCCGCCGCAUCGGCGGCUGGUCCUACUACAAGACCCUCAUCUACUCCAGGUCGCGCGCCGUAGGCCAAGCCUCCCUCGCCGUCCUCCGGGCCAUCGCUCCCGUGCCCCGCAGCACCCAGGUUGACCGUUCGGCCCGCCAGACAAUGUUCUUUGGGAACCAGGAGGUCCACACCAAGAAGUUUCGCGCCCCGGCCGGCAAGAAGAUUUACGUGCCGGUCCGUGUCGAGCCCAAGGUCUACUUUGCCGCCGAACGUACAUUUCUCGGAUGGCUCGAAUACUCCAUCUAUAUUGGCACCAUCGCCGCCACCCUCCUCAACUUCGGACAGUACCCCUCCCGUACAGCCUUCUUCGUCUCCGGAGUCUUCACCUUCCUCGCCAUCCUCAGCCUCGCCUACUCCGUCGUCAUAUACCUGUACCGCAGCCAGGCCAUCCGCAACCGCAAGGCUGCCAGGUACUACGAUAAGUGGGGGCCCAGCGUCCUCUGCGUGUCCCUGCUGAUUGCCGUCGCUAUCGAUUUUGCUUUCGAGGGUCGCGAGAGGCAGAUUUGGUAG